GAAAAGCCAAAGCCGGUCCAGAACCACCAUGAGCGAGAGCGAAGCAAACGCGGAGGCACUCGUGCCGAAAUUCAAAUUCGAGCGGCUGCUCAACCAAGACCAAGCGGGUCGCCGGUCGUCUAUGCUCGGCACCAUCGACGGCCAGCCGGCGCUGUUGAUCCUCGAGCGCGCGCCGUUCCCAAGUUCGGCCGACUACCUCGGUUCGGUGCCAGCCAGCCUCCGCGCCAUCAGGAACCUCGGCGCCAACGACAUCUACCACUGGUACUUGGCCAACAGCGGUCCCGUCAGCGGCGCCGACAGCCACGAGUUCGCCGACCUCAAGAUCAACCUCAUCUGGCCGUGCACAGAAAAGCACAUCAAGAAAUACAGCAGGCAGGGGGUGCGCUUCGUCACCGAGACGCCCGAGAUCUACCGCGACCACGUCCGACCGUAUAUGCAAGCGCAGCGAGAGGCGGGCCGGCUGAACUGGGCAUUCAACAUCAUCGAGGGCCGCAAGGAGGCCGAGGACGUCAUCUACCGCACGCCCUAUGGCGAGGACCCGGAGGAAGGGUUCCUCCUGCUGCCCGACCUCAACUGGGACCGCAAGACGCUCGACGCGCUGCACCUGCUCGGGCUGGUGGAGCGGCGCGACCUCUGGAGCCUGCGCGACCUGCGAAAGAAGCACCUCCCUUGGCUGCGCCACAUGAAGGCCAAGUUCCUCGAUGCCACCACCAGCGUGUACCCAUCUAUCGAGCGCGACCAGCUCAAGCUCUACCUCCACUACCAGCCGACCUACUACCACCUGCACAUCCACAUCGUCCACGUCGCCCUCGAGGCCGGCGCCACCCAGGCCACGGGUAAGGCCGUCGGGCUCGAGAGCAUCAUGUCCCAGCUCGAGACCAUGGCUGGGGACGACGAAGAAGCGGGCAUGGAUUCCGUCACGCUCUGCUACACCCUCGGCGAGGCCAGCGACCUGUGGGUGGACGUGUUCGAGCCGCUCAAGAGGACGAAUACAGCUUCCUGAUCGCGAUGACCAGGUCGUUGACGCCCGGCCCGGACGGGCAGUCCUUCCACUGGCCGCCGUCGCGGAUGCAGUAGAUUUCGUUGUUGAGGCGCACCGUGCAGCUCUUCGUUACGCCGACCUGGUUGGGGGGUUAGUGGGAGGGGGGAAAGAAAUUAGGUUAGCACCAUCGAUGUUCCAGGAUUUUCUGACGAUUGGUGGGGUGGGGGAUAGAUCAUGUCGGAUGUACGGCUCACAACAUACCUCGGCUGAGCGCACCACGCUCUCUCUCAACAAGCCGACGCCAAACGCCCCGUUAUCCCUGGUCGCGCAUUCGUUGAGCUUGUCGAAAUCGACGGCAUGCUCGAGCGCGCAGUCCUCAAUCAGGCUACGCUGGGGAAUGAGUGUGUAGUCUCGCGUUAGGCACAUGGUAAAGCCGAGGUACGUCUUCGGAUCCGGGUAGAGAUGCUGCGCGCAGAGCUCGAUGAUAUUGCCGAGGCCUGUUGCGUGUCAGAUGCGGAUAGCGCUGGCGUGGGUAGGUAGCUAGCAAAAACGUACACUCCUCUGGCCCGUG